AUGCCUGGUACUCGCCGGCUGCCAGGUGGGUACACCCGACCCCGCACAGCCCGAACACUUAAGAUCCCCGUGAAGAGCGUGGUGCCGCUGACACCCGAAAGGAGACAGCGUCCCCUUGCCUCCAUCCUACAAAAGGGAGCUCAAUGCAUGCGGGAAGCAGAGGCUGCCCGCGGGCAGAAGUGUCCGUCCCGCACCUGCGGAGUCGUGCGGGGGCAGAAGUCUCUGCCCGGAGCUGGCUCCCGACGCUGCAGGCACCUGCGGGAGAGGUACAGCAGUCCCCCUCGCUACCUGCCGCUGACCCCUCACCACCCCGCAGAUGCGCUCCGGGCCGGCUUGGGGCGGGCCCCCGCCGUGUUUGCUAACAUGGGAGGAGCCGUCCACGCCGCCCCGCUUCCGGCUUGGCGGCGAUGCGGGACUCUGCUGAGGGCCGGCGGCAUGGCCUGGGGACUCCUCUCUCUGCUCCUCGUAAGUGUCUGCCCGAGCGGAUACGUUUGCAAACACUCAUUUGGAAGGGCUACUGUCAACAAGGACAGCAGUCAAACUGUCAGCUCAGCAGUGCUGGCAAUGCAGGGAUCUCCACUGGUGGAAAAGUGCUUUAGGCCAAAUGGCUGUUGUGGCAGCAGGCUUCUGGGCAGGAAAUCUAGAAACAGGCAAGUGCAGAUGUCUGAACCCGAGCAGCUCUGCUCAGAGAGCCCAGAGUCCCAAAGUCGUGUGAUGACCCAAAAUGCAAGUGAAAAGUGUAAGGGCCGAAUUCUGGAAACGUUUGUCUACUCACCUUUCCAAGUAUCUGCUCUUAUCUUUGAAGCAACUUACCGAACAAAGUGUCAACGAGAAAACUGGACUGUGUCACAAAAGGAAAAUGGGGAAGAGCUGCUAAAUUUCUGUGCCAUCAAGCUCUUGCUCAGUCUUAGCUACAACACCAAAAGUGAGGUGGUUGUCAUAAUUACUGGAAUAGAAUGCAAAAAUAAUACUGAUGCUCUAAUACCCAGAGUAUACAAAAACUCAACUAUCAGGAGGAUUAUUGUUGAGAGAGAAGUUACUUGUAACCAGGAUGAAUACAAUUCUAACGCCGGGUGUUGCAGAAAAUGUAAUCCCGGUUUUGUUAAAAAUAUUGACUGCCCAAAAGAUAUUAGCAAACACUGUGUUCCCUGUAAAAAUGGAAUGGAGUACAUGGAUCAUGCCAAUAAUGUGGACAAGUGUUUGAGAUGCUCCUUAUGUGACAGCAUAUUCGGUUUGGUGGUUGCAAGGAACUGUACCCAAACACAAAACACAGAAUGCACCUGCGCAAAGAACCAUUUUUGUAGUUCUGCACCAUGUACUAGCCAUUGUGAUCCAUGUACCAUAUGUGAAAGUGGUACAAUUGAACAAGAAUGUACUUCAACUUCAGACACUGUGUGCAAAAUGAAAGAAACAGGAGUGCCAUGGUGGGGCACUGCUUUGAUAAUUGUGUUAUUGCUACUUGCAGUGGCUGGAGCAAUAUUCUUGUACAAGAGAAAACAGAAGUGUUGUACCAGCAAAGAGAACAUAGAUGGAGUCCUCAAACAAGAGGUUUCUUAUGAGAGCAUAGCCCUCAUGUGCGCAGAUACUGACCUGAGCAGUCAUAUUGCUGGUAUUGUGGAGGAGAUGACACUCCAAGAUGUCAAAAAAUUUGUUCGUUAUCACAAAGUACCAGAACCUGUCAUCGAUCAAACUAUUCAGGAUUAUUGUAAUGAUACAUCUGAGCAGAAAAUUAAGCUAUUUCAAGCCUGGUAUCAAAGACAUGGGUUAAAAGGAGCCUGUGGAACCCUAAUAAGCAGCUUGAGAAAGUUGAAAAUGUGUACUGCAGCUGACAAAAUUGAGCAAAAGCUGAGGGCAGCUGCUUCUAGCUGUCAAGAGAGGAGACAGUCUUCUAAUGACAAUAUUGAGCAAAGCAAAACCUGCACUCAGGAAAAUAGAAGCUCUUUCACUGAUAGUGCUAACCUUAUCAAAACCUGUUCUAGUAGUUUGUAACAGACAUAGCACAGUCAUCUGCAAAAUAUUUCUGACUGAAUUAAUAUUUGUAUAGUAAUACAAAUAAAGGUUUUAAACACCAUUUUCAUUAUCAGUUCUAUAAACAAGGAAUAAUUACAUGUUUUAUAACAACAUCCUCAAAAAUGCUUUAGAUUGUUUGAGUCAAGUUUUAUAGAUUAUUUACUUAAAGGUUAAAUAUAAAAGUCCAGCUGUAGGAUUCAUUACAAAAAGAAGUAGCAGUCAUUUGAAGAAAAGGGUUAAUCUCGAUGUAUAUGAUCCUUAUUGACUUAAUAUCAUGUUUUGCUUACAUUCAAAUUGUGGGAUAUUGCUUUUUGGAAGUGAAAACUCUGGAGUGCAGUCUAGAAAGUAUACCAAGAAGAAUACUUGAAUAAUUGUAUAAUAUACACCUGAUAAAUUUGAAUACAGAUGUUGCUGUGUAAUUAAGUUCUCCCCUCUUGUAAAUGUAUUUUGUAUAUGUGUAUAUAUUUGUGUGUGUGUGUAUAUGUGCAAGUUUUCUUUGCAGAAGUUCCCACUGUUAAGUAAAAAUUAUUUCCUUUCUUCUCUGAAA